GCUCUGUGCAUGAAGUGUCAGAGCUCCAGGCACCAGGGAGUCAGGGCUCCACACACUGGGGGUAACGAUGCCUCAUGUGCUGGGGUACCAGACAUUCCUGCUCUGGGGGCUCUGGGAUACCUCCAUGCCUGCAGUAUCACACCUCCAUGCACUGGGAAUUUGGGGCUCUGUGCACGGGCAUACCAGAGCUCUCUGUGCCCAAGGGGGCAAUGCUCCAUACUCUAGAAUACCAGAGCUCCAAAUACCGGGGUACCACAGCUUCAAAUACGGGGUAAAUGAUACUCAAUGCUCUGGGAUACCAGAGCUCCAAAUACCGAGGGAAUGAUGCUCAGUGCUCCGGGGUACCAGAGCUCCAAAUACCAGGGGGACUGAGGCUCCAAUGCCCGGGGGCACCGAUGCUCAAUGCUCCAGGACACCGGAGCUCCAAAUACCGGGGGGCACGGAGCAUCCGUGCCCUGCAGUACCAAACCCCCAUAUCCCAAGCGCCCUGCCGCUCUCUGUCCCAGCUGCCCCCUCGCUCCGGAGCCGCCCCGGGCCGGGCGGAGCCGCCGCCGCCACCGCCCCCGUCCCGCUCCGCUCCGCCCCGGCCGGCGGUGCCGGAGCUGCGGCGGCUGCGCACGGCGGGGCCGCCAUGAGCGACCAGAGGCUGCGGAGGGUGCGGGAUCGUGUCCGCUCCUUCCCGGACUUCCCCGAGCCCGGAGUGCUGUUCCGGUGCGGCCGGGAUGGGAACGGGGAUGGGAACGGGAUGGGCACAGGCGAUAUCAGCCCCUUGCUGAAGGAUCCUGUGGCGUUCAGGACUUUGAUUGAUCUUCUGGAGGAUCAUGUGAGGGCAUCUUUCCCUAAAAUCGACUUCAUUGUGGGCCUGGACUCCCGUGGGUUCCUCAUCGGGCCCCCCCUGGCACAGAGGUUGGGGAUCGGCUUCGUGCCCGUGCGGAAAAAGGGGAAACUCCCUGGUUCCACCCAGUGCAUCUCCUACAGCCUGGAAUAUGGCAGGCAGGCUGAACUGGAAAUCCAGAGCGAUGCUGUGGAACCAGGACAGAAAGUGGUGAUUGUGGAUGACUUGCUGGCAACUGGAGGUACCAUGUGUGCUGCCUGCGAGCUGCUUAAGAGUCUGAAGGCUGAAAUCCUGGAGUGCCUGGUGAUCAUAGAGUUAAAAGCCCUGAAAGGGUCAGAAAAGCUCAAUUCCAUCCCUUUCUACUCCCUGCUGCAGUAUGACUGAGGAGGAGCAGGGAGAAGGGAGCACUGGGAACAAGUCUGGGGCUUUAUCAGUGACUCUGGAUGUCACAAGGGGGUGGGAAAGGGGGUUAAACACAGGUUUUGAGCAUGGCCAGAUGCUCUUCAGUCCUAAAUUUCAUAAGCACUGUGUGGAGUGUAAUGAUCCCUUUUGGAGUUCCUCCUUUUGGGAAGAAGGAACAGGCUGAUUGAUUGCAGGGGUGGAGACCAAGAUGCAGCUUCACUGAAGCUGUGGAUUUUAGGAGACCAAAGUGAUGACAUUGCUGCUGAGGCAGGAGAGCUCUGACAGGGCACCAGCAUUCCCUGGGCUGGGCCUGUCAGCCUCCAAGGAACCUGCUAAAAAAUUCCCAAAGAACAAAAAGCAAUUAUUUCUGUAAGGGACAAAUCCUGCUGUUUUUGACCUCAGGAUGGGCUCUGUGCUGUCACUCACACCAGAACAAGUUGCUCUCACACCAGGGCUGUAAUUGUUGAGGAGAAAGAAGUGCCUGCUGUGUCCUUAAAUCAGGAUGGUGCUGGUGUGGCUGAAUCAGUGUUUUCCUUCCCUGGACACCACAGGCACCUUCUGUUCUCAUGAAUUCCCCACUCCUGCACCACAUCCCACCCCCUGUGCUGCUGCUUUCCCCCUGCUGGGCUGUUCUGGGCCAUCAGGCUGCUGCCAGUUCAGAGCCUGAGUUUGGUGCAGAUGAAGCCACAGGAAAGGUUGGUGUAGUGGGCCCAGGUGUGUGAUGGAUGAUGAGACUUUGGAGAUACUUCCUCCAGCACGGUUCAGUUUGGUCACAGCUAAAUCCUUGUGUGCCAAAACUUCCACGAGCCUGAAAACAUCAGGGAUUGUGUUCCUGGCCCAGCAGGGACUGGACUCACGGGUAAAAUAAAUAUUGAUGUAUUUUUUAUGUUUCCUAAA